CGCCGCUGAUCUCUGGCUGCCAUGUUUGUAUCCUCGUCGUGGAAAGAGACAGCUACUGCAUAAAAGCUGUUCCUUACUACUCCCUUAUUAAGCUAUCAUAAUGUUGACGUUGUGAGCAUUAAGUGCAGCCCCUAGUUGUGUAGUAUUUAAGUGGACGGGCUUUGCACAAUGGCAGCCGACGCUCAGGAUUUUGACUUCGAUGAGUAUAACAAACCUGGUGCUGAGCGUUCCCGCAGAAGAAGAGGUGGAAAUGAUGCUCUAGAGAGUGAUUUGGAAGAGGAUUUGUUGGAGGAGGAUUGGCUGUCUGCUAAAAAGAAUCCUUCAGAAGUGUCUGAUGAAGAGUUGAACGACGACCUUCUUCAAAGUGAUGAUGAAGAUCUGAAUAUGAGUGGACAGGAUGCUACAUACAGCAUGGGAGCUUCCUAUAACCAGCAGGACAACUUGCAGGAAGCAUACUACACAGAUGAUGUCGUGAACCUGGGUGCAGAGGGCUGUGAAGAGGGGGAGGAGGGGUACCACCAGGAGGAGGAAGAGCCGUAUCCAGCAGAAUUCAACCAGGACAACACAGAGAUGUCUGAGGACCAGAUUGGUUACACCGGGGAGCCAGCUGAGGGCGAUGAUGGCUACCAGUAUGAAGUGCUGGACAUCGAAAUCAGCGAGCCCAUAGAUGGUGAAUUUCAAAACGAGGAAUUUCAAAGAUCCAACGGUGACGAACCUCUCGAUGAAGCUGAAACCACUCAGGAGGAGGAUGCUGAAGAGGCAGGAGGAGAAGAGCAACAAGAAGAAGACACUACAGAGGAACCUCGCAUCUAUGAGACAGAGGAGGGAGAAAAUGAGACUCUUGGUGAUGAACAAACACAGGAGGAAUCCGAGGAAGAGGAUGACGAAGGCGAAGAAUCCGGCCGAAUACGAUUUAAAUCCGAGAGGAAGGAAGGUGCUGUUGUGCGACUGGCGGAUUCUGGUAGUAACAGAAGGAACAUUCCUGAAACUCUAGAGCUGUCAGAGAAGGCCAAGAAAGAUUUGAUGGAAUUUGAGGAACAGGAACGGCAGAAGAGACAAAACCGUCACGGAGGUCGAGGCAGAGGAGCAGGAAUAGGAGGAGGGGGGCGAGGAGGCAGAGGAAGAGGAGGUUUCCAUGGUUUUGGAAUGGCAGAUUUUAGAGGAGGACAAAGAAGAAGAAUGCAUGACCAAAUGCUCCCCCUGAUGGGAAACAUGAGCAUACAGCCAUCCUCCCGAAUGCCUUCUCCGCAUCUGCAGGCCCAUCAGCACCACCCUUCGCGUCCAAGAGGACCACCUCCCUUCCAGGAGCACGGACGCCCCAUUCUCCAGCAGCCUCUCCAGCCCCUGAUCCCCCCUCACAUGGCUCACCGCUCCCCAUCGCUGCGACCCCAGAUGGAUCAACCACCCCCUCGAAUGAUGAGUUCCCCACCGCCUAGUUUCUCUCAGCAUCACCAGCAACAGCCCCCUCAGCCCAAGAACAUCCACAUUAACCCCCACUUCAGAGGGCCUGCACAGUCCUCUGUACAAGUGCCCUUGAUGCCUCCUGCUCAGAGCCAGUCCAGACCUGCUGUGGGUCCUCAGAGGUUUCCUGGCCUGGGAGACUUCCAGCAGCACAUGCCGGGUAAUUUUGGUCCACCCCAGCGACCGCCUCAUCACAUGGAGCCCUUAAGGAACCAACCUCCUCAAGGCCCCCAGGAAAGAGAGCCCCUCUUUAUGGGAGAGUGUGGAGAAUCAUCACGGUUUCCAGGGCAGCAGUUGUUCGAUCACCCCGGGCCCGGCUCUUUGAUGAACAGCGGCAACAACCUCCACCACCACCACCAGCAGCAGCUGCCUGGCCAGGGCCACAUGGGCUUCGGUCCACACGGACCGGCCUUCAACCAGCCGGGCCAGGGCCCGUUAGGACUGUUUCAGAGAGAACCCCAAAGACCCAACCUCCCUCCCCACCAAGGUCACCAGGGGAUGGCGAACUUGAAUCAACAAGGUGGCCCCCCAAAUCAGCCCCGACCUUUCAUGAGCCCUCGGCAGCCGUUCGGCCAGCAGGGCAACAUGUUCCCCCCUCCACCAGUUCAGUAUGGGAUGCAGGUACGGCUACGAGGUCUGAUGCACGGCCCCCCUGUCUCCCAGCUGUCACAUCACGACCCCUUAUCACCCCAUCCCAUGCACCAGCAGCAGCCCCACCACCACCAUAGGCAAGAGAUGCCCCAUCAGCAGCACCAACAGAUAAAUCUCAAUGAGCCUCGCCCCAUGACACAUCAUGGUCAAAAUCCUUUCCAUCAGCAGCAGGGGCAUGGUGGCCCCAGGCAUAUGAAUCCCCGUUCUCUGAACCCCCAACAGAGGAACAUGUCAAGCAGGCAGAGAAUGAACACACCCAUCUCCAAACAAAUGCAGCACCGCAACAGCAACCUACGGGAGCUCCCUGUAGCACCUGGUAACGCAAACAUUAACAGUUCCUCCCCCGCUGCCAGCAUCAAUCCUGUUGCCAGGACAACGCCGGGGACGCGUCCGGGUCAGAACACUCAGCCGGCGUAUGGUGGUGGCAGAGGAAGAGGCCAAGCUGCGAAGCCUGAACCACAGGCUGGGGAAGCAGGCAGGGCGGUGACUCAACAGCAGGAAGCUCCAAAUGCACCAUCCAGCUCAACACCACCGGACCCUGAUGAAGAUGAGGAGACGCGGCAGUACCGUCUGAAGAUUGAGGAGCAGAAGCGUCUGAGAGAGGAGAUUCUAAAGAGGAAGGAGUUGCGGCGGCAGAUGCAGGCUGGUGUCAGAAAGAAGGAGCUGCUGGAGAGACUUAACGCUCAGACAACCACACAAAACCAGGACUGUACUCCUACACAGACUCAGCCUUCACUACCAAAUCAGCAAAAUCCACACCCUGUACCACAACAGGCAGUACCACAGCAGCCAGAACAAAACCUGCAGCAACUACAGGCACACCAGCAGAGGCAGGUGCCUCAGAGACCACAACAGUCAGUAAAUCACACAUUAACCAAUCCCAAUCAGGACAGCACCAUGCCCCCUAGAAGUCCUGCUCAGAACCCCGCACCACGUCCCAACGUCAAGUUGCGCCUUCAGAUGGUAAAAGGGAGCCCACUGGAGAAGCAGAUCCCCAGCUUAGGUCCUGAACAGCAAUGGAAGCAGCCCCAACACAAUCAGCAGCAGCCACUUCAGCCACAGAGAAGAAACAGCUCUUUGCAGAGUGUAAACAGACCCGGCGCUCAAAUUCCCCAAAAGAACCCCCCUCCUUCAGUGAGGCAAGGCCCAGCUCAGAGUCAAGGAGUUAAACCUGGGGCUAAAAGAACUGUGAUGCAGCGAGUCCAAAAUGCAGCUGUGGAAGCCCAGCAGGUGCCACAGAAAGUCAGAGUUGUCAAACUUUCAGGACCGAGUGGGAAGGAGCUCGAGGCAUCCGGUGGCCCUGUGCAGCAGCAAGGCGCCUGGCAAGCAGCUCCACUCAACCAAAGCAUCCAGAGGAAGGUGACCAUGAUGGGACAGCAGCAAACGGGACCAGGUGGAACACCGCAGGCUAGCCGCGGGGGCUUGGGAGACGCACCGCAAAGCAGGGUUGUCUUAUCAGGCCAGGGUCGAGGUCGAGGGGCUGGUCAGAUGGGACGGGGUCAUCCACUGCCCACCAGGAUGAGCCAGAGAGGACCAGAUAAACCUCACUGUACUGUGUGCAUCGAGGGCCUCUCCACAUCUACAACUGAAUUUCAGCUGAAGAACCUUCUCAUGUCCAUCGGCCCUAUAGAGAUGUUUAAAAUGAUUCCCCAGCAGAGAAAAGCAAUAGCCAAAUUUUCCAACCCCCAGCAUGCAGCAAGUUUCCAAAUGAGCUUCCAUAGGCACAUGAUUGAUUUGUCCCACAUUGAUGUCUCGCUGAUUGAUGGAUGAGGAGCACAGCAGAUCCACUGAUGGCUCUCUUUCUCCUGGUGUUGUGGGAGUCUCUCGUGCAUAGCUCUGCUCCACAUGGGUGCAGGAUUGUUUCUUCAAGUCCCUCGUCGUCCCGUCGCAGAUUUCAUCUUUCGUCUCCCUCCAUCUUGGACAAGUGAACACAAAGACAGUAGCUGUGUGCAUGCAUGUGGUUGACUUUGCUUGCCAAGUGGCUGUAGUUGUAAAAUAGCUUUGAAGAGACACUAAAUAGUGAAUCCUCCUUUGAUGUUUGUGAACUUUCUUUUUCCCCUCCAUCUCAAGAGGACACUGGUGAAAAUCUAUCAUGGGAUAAUGGUUGCUGCCCUCCUCAUUUAGUUAUCUAUAAUAAAUGCAAAAUGACACUUAACACUCAUUAUUAUUCAACUUUAAACACUUCAUAGUAAAGUUAUGAUGUCGUCUUAUGCUAUGGUUUAAUGCGUGGAGACGUUAUGGCAGAGUUUGUGGUGUCAUUUUUACUCCCUCUCUGUAGAUGGCAGUAUUUUAUCUUUUUUGAAGCUUUGCUGGUUUCAGCGUUUUGGGAGUUUUUUGGGGGGCUCAAUAGCGCCAUCUAGGGGGGAUGUUGCAUGUAGUCACAGAGUGGGCCUGGAUGUGCUGGGUAGAUGUUUAUUGCUGCUGCAGCAGCAGAAGCCGGACUGACAGAGAUCGAUUCAGAUUUCCGGACACCGAAACACUUUGUGGAUACUGUGUAGGCGUUCUGGUUCUCCUCAGAGUUCUGUGGAUUUAAAGUUUAAAUCAUUUGUUGGGUCAUUUUCUGUUGCUUUUCGUUGUGAUUAUAAUACAAUCUUUUAGCUGUUGACUUGAACGCAUUAGUGGGUAAAUCUUUUUUUGACAUGCGGUUUGGUUGUUUGUCAGAUUAUGUACUUGUCAAAAUUAAGGGUUCAGGGCUGUGCCAAAAAUAGUUUUUUAUUAUCUUUAUCAUUAUUAUUAUUAAAGCAGCUUGAUUUCUUAUAGCUGGCAGGAACCAUAUUUGGAAGAUUGGAAAGAAUAGUUUUAAUUAUAUUUGGAGAUUAACUGCUCAGGUAGAUUCCUUAUUCUUUGUGUUAAAGCUGGAGAGUUUAGGGUGUUGAAGCCGUCUGAUAGGUUGGUGCCUUAUGACGGAGCAGAACGGUCGACUCGGAUUUCAAAUCAUUGUCACUCCCUUAUAAGUUUAGUUAUAAGGGAAGUAAAAGAAAUUGAUCUAUAAAUAAAAGCCCCCUCCUAAUAUAUUCCACAAACGUCGUCUGAACAAUCUGAAAUAGAAGUUCAGUUAUUUCUCCACUUCUUAAUUUACCACUUUAUAUUUUUCCAAGGUUUUCCGUCUUUUCUUGAAGGUGUAGCUUAAAUCAUUGAUGCCUAAAUAUCUCCACAUGUUUUCUGUAAUGUUUGACUUGACUCAUGGAAAAUUUACUUUCAUUUAGUCUCAUGUCAUUCCCUUUUUUUUUCUUCUCCACUGCAAUUUAUUCCACAUAAAUGGUUGCAACAUUGUUUAUUACUAAACUUGGCAACUAAACUUAAAAACUAUUAAUAGUAAAUGUUGAGGGGGCAACCAUUAUGUUUGUAGUGGUCAUGUAUAUAAGUAGGCCAGACAUGUCACUCACUAUUUAUCCAUAAUUAUUUUUUUUUUUCCUUGUGUUAGUCAUGCUGUAAGUUAGUUUUUUUUAUAUGUAAAGGCUAAGUUGAUUUGUCCAGAGAGCAGUCCUUCAUACAAGUGGUGUGUUUCUAUUCUAGAGUCAGAAUGAGAAACAAACUGGACCACAUUUCUGUUUAUGAGUAAAAGAAGCGUUUAAAGGAAGACAAGAAAACUGCUAAUAAAAACAUGGCCAAUAUACCGUAAACAUGCUGGUAUGUGAAGCCGGUUAAACUUUAGCUCGAACACGUGUGCUUGCUUAUGUGUGGUGUCCAUGUGUCUGGUGCCUUUAUAAUCACGUCUCUUUCUAUGUGUGCCACGUUUAAAUUGUUUUGUACUUCACAGAAGCUGUAAGUUUGUGGGUAUUCAGCAUUCAUAUUUAUGGAAGCAUUUACUACUUGAGUAUUAAACUAUUUUUAAAACAUAUUUUUUUUUUAGGUUUAAAUAUUUAAGAGCUAGAUUUAAAAAAAAAGAAAAUAAUUGAAAAAUCCUACCUCCUUGCUCAGUUUUUGCACUGACUUUGUCAGACUUCUCAGCCAUUUUAGGCUUCAAAUUUUUACGACGGUGACAUCCUGAUGUGCAGCCUCAUUAGACAAAGCCUUUAAUGCUACAUGAUUUCACUUGGAUAUAAUUGGUGUACGACUGGAAGAAAAACUGGAGUAUUAAAUUUGAAGGAAUAUCUUGGAUAGUCGGAUAAAACUUUCUCUCGGCUGCUUAUCUGGAUGACAUCCCAAAUUAAGAUCCUUAUUUUGUUUCUUAAGUUACGAUCUUGUUGUUCACAAGUUCUUGUUUACAUCUGACCGUUCUGCAUGUGUGUGUGUGUGUGUGUGUGUGUGUGUGUGUGUGUGUGUGUGUUUCCUUUCUAAUUGGGGUUUAAUUGAAAGAAACAAUUUUAAAAGACAAGGUUUCACAUUCAUGAAGUUGAUUUUUAAUAGUAACUAAGCGGAUGAAGCCAGAUGUUCCUAAAAUUCCUUCUUGUACACAAGAGGUUUCAGGUUUAAGUUCAAUUUUGUGUCUGAACUGACUUCAACAUGUUUUGUUCCCUUUGAUUUAAGUUGAGGUAUUUUAGAGAUUUUUCUUUACCUCUGUGUCAGAUUUCCUGUGUUUAUUUUUAUGUUGUGGAUUUUACUUAAGGUUUUCGUAAAUCCUGUGGAUUUGGAACAAGUAUCAGCAAUGCUGCUGCUCAUAGUGACAAUAUUAUAAGACAUUAUGUCUUUAUAAUGACAGACACAGAUUCAUAUUGAAUCUUUUGUACUUUACAGUGAAGAAUUACUUCCAUACAAACUGUGAAUAUUUGAAUUUGACGCAGCAAUUCUGCAUAUAAACAAAAUAUUGCAGUGAGCCUUUUAACUAACAGCAACUUUUAUAUCAGAUCACAUCAUGUAGUUAAAGUAGACUUCAUGCAUUUUUUUUUUGUUCAUUUAUUUCUCUCUUUCAUUAAGAAGUUAAUAAUUGAUAUCAGGUUUAUGGCAGCUUUGGUCAAAGUUGUGACAUAGCUGGAUGCUCAGAACCACUAAUGUGUUGUUUGUUUUUUUUUUUAUCAGGCUUCAGCAUUCAGAUGUUCUGAAGAACUGCUGUAAUAUUGCUACUAAUGUCCCUUUCAUAUUUGUUCCAGAUCAGUACCAAGCCCUAAAAAUGCAGCUGCACAAGUGUUAUCGUGGUUUAAGCCUGAGUGACCAUACCAAUGGGUUAGCAUGUAGUAGUAUUUCUUUAUCCUUGCUAGUUCAGAGGUGCACUGAUCAGAAGUUUCUGAUCCUCUGUUUUUGUACAGCUCUUACCUGCCAAUACUGUUUUUAGACUUCUGAUUUUGAAGAGAAAGAAAAUCAUUCAUGAUACUUUUCUCUAUUUCCGAAACACUGGCAUCAUCAUAAUGCCGUAAAACAUGACUUUAUUGUUUUAAACAGGAAACAUGUUACAUUGGACACUACUGUGGUUAGCAUCACAAAAACAGCAGUAUUUGUGUGUAUUCCCGGGAGAAUGCAGUUCCCUACCUCGACUCUUGAUUUUCAAAACGGUGCCAACAUCUCCAAAUCCAGCACAUUCCUUGACGUCCAGAAGUUGAAAGCUCAUAAGAGUGAAACUGAGCAUCUUUACUGUACUCUGUUAAGCCUUCCUGUUAUCGGCAGAAAGUUCUUCUCUUUCUCGCUCUUCUGCAGCCUGAAUGAAGCUCAGACAUGUCUCAACAUGCUGUGGCAAAAAAUCUUCUUUCAUUUCUGGGCUUCCUCUCGACUUCAGCUUUAAACGUCUCACUGAUACUGAAAAUAGCUUGCUUAGUCUUCAUCUCUCAGCUUCGUCUUCGUCUCUCAGCUAGACCAGUUGGUCAAUUCUGGUCAAAAGCUCAUUUCCCUCAGUUCGUUUUUAUUCAGUCAACAUAAUUGUGUUUUAUAGUUAUUUGUGGACUGAAUGUUUCUGUGUGAUGCCCAAAAACCUAAAAGUAGAGUAAGAUCGGAUUGUUGCUGUUGGGUUAUUGUUCUCUGAGGGAAAUUGGACAAAAACAUAAAAGGCUGAGGCUCAUAAAACCUAAAGGUCCUACUGAUCCACGUUGUUUUUGAGACUUUGUGGAUCCCUGUAAAUGUAGUAUUAUCUCCUCUUUUUUCUUUGCUCCCAUUCAGAUUUGUUUAAUUUUUCAUGUGGUCGGAUGGCUUGUGGUGUGCCUUACUUUAGGUAUGGUCCUCUUCUAGUGCUGUUGUUGUAGUCACAAUGACUAAUGAUUUUUGCAUGUUAUGGUGUUGUGUAACACUGGAAUAAACCCAUACAUUUUGUCUUCAACAGAAUGAUCCUGAUAGGAGCAGUUCGGUGGAGCCAAGACGCUGCUAUGUCACAUUUCUUUUAUUACAAAUGCUUAACACUUGAAGUUUUCUUUCAGCUUUGCAGUCUGGUCUCAGAAUGAAGGUUUAAUGUUGACCUUUUCCCCCCUGAACAGCUGCAGCUGAUCUUCCAUUACCACCUCUUCUGUCCUUUGCUGCUCUUCUUACUUACCGUACACUUGACCAUUUCUCAUUUUUCCUUUGACAACUCUGUUGUUGAGUCAAUUGCAGCAGGGUGGCCUGCCUGGAUUACCAUUGUUUGUUAGCCCAGUGGAUGGAGGUUUCCACUUUUGUGACGACUUCUGGGCUCGCAGAGCAGAAACGUAACUCUAAAGCGAGCCGCUUUGUGGCUUUCUCUGCACCAAAGGGUCCUCCAAGCUUCUUGACAAUCACUGUUGGUCAAACUCUUUAAAGGAAGCUUCUAUGAACUCCUGAUGUCGAACUGUAUGUUGCACCAAACAGUGACUAAAGAAAUCCAACAUGUUGGAAAUUUGAUGGAAAAUGUUGACAAAGCAUCAUGUAAUAUGUUUACACUCUAAACUCUGAUGUUUCAAACGUGAAAGGACCAUGAUUAUGUCUGAAGUUAUUGCUUCAUUUGUUCUGAUGCUGUAAAUGUGGAAAAUAUUCUACAGUGAUGUUCGUUUGAACUCCUUAAAUGUUCCUAUGAAGAUGUGAAUUGUUACAUUGGAAAGCAAAAGCGGAAAAUAAACUACAUGAUGCCAGUAA